AUGUCUGCUUCAACUUCAAUUUCAACGAACCCUACUACUAAAAUUCCUCCGUUCAUCUUCAAGAAUUUGCAAAUAGUUGGGAACGAUAUGGAAUUCUCAGAAUCUCUAUUAACUCUGCUUCCCGAGAAGAUGGUUGAUUUCGAGAGCUUGAAGGCAAACGGAUUUGAUGUGAAACCUUAUUUCACUUCUCAAGGUUGGGACAAGUACUUUGAGAUGUUGAACGGUCCUAUUUACCCAGAUCUUUUGAAGCAUUUCUGGAAGAAAGCUAAAGUCUUUACCAAGGUUGAAGCUAAGCAGGAGGAAUUCUUAGCUAUUGAAAGGGAUCCUAGUCUGAAAGGAAAAACUAGGAAGGAGAUGGGUCUUCUGGAAUUCACUAGUACACAGAUUAGGUCUAACGUCUGUGGUAUCAAUCUCACCUUCUCAAAGGUUCAUUUUAAUGCUCUACUGGGAUUGGAAAACUCUGGAUUGAUCUUAGAUGUUUUUGAGAAGGACACUACUUUUAGGAAGGAUUUGCUGCAUCGGAUGUGUGUGGAUAUGCAGCUUAAAGGUAAAGUCAAGGGAAUGACUGAUGAGUGCAGGGUGCUUUUUAAGAUAAUCAUAUCAUCUAUUUGUCCAAGAGUAGGUGGAGAUAUCAUUAAGAAUCUGCAUAAGUUCUAUCUAGAACUUGUUGCUAAGAAGGUUUUGCCAGAAGUUUUGUCAGCAAGCUUUCUCACAAAGAUGCAUCUCAUUAACUCUAAGGUGGUUCAACCUUCACAAGAGUUUGAAGUUCGUUUAGAAGACCGGUUGUAUGUGAAUGGUUAUCCAAUAAUAUCUGAAUUGGACUGUGAGGAGGUCAUUCAGGAUUACUUGAAGGGGCUACAGGCUGAAGGAUUUACUGUUACCAGGGAAAUGGUUCCAAAGGCUCCGGUUAACAUGUACAAUCCUAAACAGAGGAAAUCUAAGAGGAAAGUUGAAACUCAAGAGGAUAAAGUUCAGCCAGAUCUUCUUGCUCAGAAGAAAAUCAAGGUUGAGCAAACUGCUGCUGAACAAAGGACAAAGAAGAAGCAUGAAGCACCUGCUGAAAAGGUCGCUGAGGAAUCUUCUAAGGCUCCUAAGAGGAAAAUGGUAUUGAAUGUUGAUGAAGAUAAUUCAGAAGAGACUCGCUCUGAUGAGGAAACUCUUGCUGAUAGGCUGAAGAAGAACCCAGCUCCUGCUACAAAAGGUAAGACUCCUAAGUAUGUCCUUAAUGAAGCUGAAAUUGGAAUAGGUUACACCAAACCCCUUAGAACUAUUCAUCCUGAAGCCAUAAACAUUUCAUCUUCUGACAAUUCAGAAGAACUUGCUUGUUCUUCUGAUAAAUCUCAACAGAAGGAUAAACAUGUUCCUUCUGACAACCCAUUUUCUGAACUAGAAAAACACUUGAGCGCUGAUUCUUUGAACAAUCAUCCUUUUACUCAUGAAACCACCAAGCCCACAUCACCUCCCAAACCAAAAUCACCACCAAGUCAACCACAACAUGAAAUCUCUACCAAACCAUCAUCUGAACCUCAACCAGAUAUCUCUCCUGCACCCAUUAACUCUCCCACCAAACUAACCUUUCCUAGAAAAUCUCCUGAACCAACUUCUGAACCCACAUCAUCUGAACAAGCUUCUGAACUUAACCCUAACUCAAGUGCUGAACAUGUAUCUCCUGAACGUGUUCACACUUAUGCUCCCUGCCCUUCAGAAGCAGAUGUUGUGCUUAUUACCAACCCUGCUCCUGAAUCACCCCAACACUCCACAAUUCCCUAUAUCUCUCCAACAUCAUCAUCUGACCCUUUUGGUAACCUAUCCAAUCAGCUUUAUGAUGAUCUUCUUAGGUUGUCUAAUAUCAAGAACAGGUUCUUGGUUUGUCCUUCUGAUGUGGAUGUAGAGGUAUCAGCUAUCAAGGCCAGGAUUUGUAAUUCUCUGGAUUCAGUUGGUGAAGAAAUAAAGGCUGUGAUUGGUAAGAGGGAUUUGGAGGUCGUCAAUCUGAUGAGGGAAGCUCUGGCAAGGGUUAGUUUGAAAAGGUUAACCAUGUUCAACCAUGAAGAGGCUGAGAAUGCUAGAGUUGCAGCUAUAUUGGCAAAGGAAACUACUGAUAAUAUGCUUUUCAAUGUCUUCAAAAAUUGCUGGGUGGACUCUAAGUUGUUCACGAGUUUAGAAGAUCAGAAGAUUGAGGCUGAAAGGAUUGCUCAAGAGACUGAGAAGAUUGCUCAAGAGGCUGAGUUGCUGAAUCAACAAGAAGUUCUUAUGCUUGGGUUUUCAGAGGAUGAUGGAUCUUCCUCUGAUAAAGGAAAGGCUCCUUUGGAAGCAGAUGUGGAUCAACUGAGUGUCUUGCAGCAGGCUAUUGAAAGACAGCGUUCUGAUCACCAAGUUCUUGAAACCAAGGUGGAUAAGCUGGACUCCAAAGUGGACGCUCUGAAUGACAAAUUUGAUACCAUCAUCGCUUUUCUUAAGAAACCCUAG